UGAGUGUUGUGUGAUUUGAGUGUUGUGUUUGACAUUAGUGAGCUAACAGUAGUGAAAAAUGUUUAAUAAACUGAAAGUUGCCGUUUUUAACGCUGUAAGUGGCACUGGCGAUAUAGAUCAGGGUGCACAGCUAGGAAUUGCAGACAAAGGACCAGAUUUCGAGAAACCGCUUAAAUUCAAAUAUAAGCGCCCCUUUUUUCUAAGUUUUACUUCUGACGAAGAGGUCCAGGUUUCUGCAGAUCAUCAUUCGAGACCCAUCAUAGUACCACGAGACACCUCGCGUUUGCCUUGGCACAGUGGAUAUGCGGAAGCGGUAAAUGCGGGGAAAUCAACGUGGAAUGAAGACCAGGCAUUCCUAGAAAGACGAGAGCUGCGCAGGGCAGGAGAGUCCUCAAAAGCCUUAGCCACAUCAUCUAUUGGAAAUGAGAUGUCCCUGCCCUACGUAUAUUUCGGCUUGUUUGAUGGCCAUGCUGGGUUUGGAGCAUCAGUAGCUGCAGCAAAUCAGCUACAUCAUCUGUUAUACGGCAGGUUAAUGGAUGUUGUCGAACAAUUACUACCCAGACUAGAAGAUAUUGUAGAGCCUGGCAAAAGAGGAGGAAUUGCCAUGUGGGUUCCAGACAAGGAGGCCGAUAAGGAGAUGCUAAUAAAGGGAGCUCUGGAGUUGGCUUUCCACGAUAUGGACCAAAUGAUUUUGGAGGAUAAAAAGAAAUACAGAAUGAAAGGUGGAUGCACAGCUUUAGUUGCCCUGUUUAUUCUGGGCAAAUUAUUUGUGGCAAAUGCUGGCGAUUCGAGGGCUGUUCUAUCGAAAAAUAGAACAGUCAUUCCAAUGUCACACGAUUUCACGCCAGAAUCGGAAAGGGCACGAGUAAGACACUUGGCUGCCCUGAAACCUGAGCUGUUGGGUAAUGAGUUCACACAUCUAGAUUAUAUUAGACGACCCACAGUUCACGAUUUAGGGAAGAAGAUUUUGUAUCGAGACGCAUUCAUGAAUGGAUGGGCAUACAAAAUUGUUACCCGAGAUGAUUUAAAAUACCCUGUUGUUGUAGGUGAAGGGAAACGGAGCCGAGUCUUGGGAACUAUCGGAGUGACCCGUGGUUUUGGUGACCACGAUCUCCGGGCUGUUGUGACUGAUGUUCCUGUCAAACCAUUCUUAUCAUCUCAGCCUGAGAUCGAAGUAUUUGAUAUUGAAGAAGAGGAUAUCACAGAGUGGGAUGUUCUUAUCAUGGGAACAGACGGGUUAUGGGACGUAACCUCUAACGAAAAUGCUAUUGAAAUUGUGCAGAAAAACUUAGCACACUUUAGAGAAGACCAGCGUGCAAAGUACGGGUACACAUCAGCAGCGCAAGAUUUGAUAAUGCAGUCCAGAGGGAAACUUGUUGGAGACAAUUGGAGAACACACGAAGGCCGACCUGGGAGCAUCGACGACAUAUCCGUGUUUGUAAUACCUUUACUCCCGUAUAAAAAAGAAUAUACUGAGUGGCAUACUAUGUUCGAUGCGGCCUGGGGUAUCUGUGAGCCUGAUUCCCAGAACACUUUCGGGAAGUUAUCACUUAGGACAUCGCCCAUCCCGUCGCAGAGACAGGAUCUGACCAGAAAUGGUGGAUCAUUAACUGUUCGCCGUUCAGUUAAAUCUCCCUCUGACUCUACAGAGGAGGACGUAUGGGACUUUGAUGAGGAUGCUGAGGAGAUUGUGGUUCCAGUGAGCCCUGAUGAUGGAAGUAAGUCCACAGAACAGUGGCAGGAGUUAACACGCCGUAUGGGCGUUAUAGAUCUUACGGAUCCUGAACUAUCUCCAACCAAAAAAGGGUAUCGAAAGGACUUGUAUGUAAAACCUCCUCCAAAGAAGUUAAGUAACAAAGAUGCGAAUAUUCCUUGUGUUCCUCAGGGAACACAAUCCUACUCAUGUGGUGCAAGAAAGGCAAGCCACACUAGUGAUGAUGUGAGCAAUCCUGAACUAUCUCCAACCAAAAAAGGGUAUCGAAAGGACCUGUAUGUAAAACCUUCUCCAAAGAAGUUAAGUAACAAAGAUGUGAAUAUCCCUCAUGUGCCUCAGGGAACACAAUCUUACUCAUGUAGUGCGAGAAGGGCAAGCCACACUAGCGAUGAUGUGAGCAAUCCUAGUAGCAGGGAAUCAUCUCCAAAGACCGUAUCAUCUGAAAGUGCUAGUGGCCAGGGACUACCAAGCAAGACAGUGCAGAGAAGUCGUGAGAGACGUGACUCACAAACUUUUCCACCUACUUAGAAAAUGAACUGUAAAAGUACCUGAAGUAAGAUUUCCCUAUAAGAAGACUGAUAUUAUAUUAAUAAUUACAAACUGCCUGCACAUGGUAACAGCAGCAGCUGUUCUAUGAUAUUAUUUUUGUUGAAGUCAUUGUUCUGUGUUUUUUUUGUUCUGUUCAUUACUUUAUUAUUGAAUUUUUCUCGUCUUUCUUUUCUUGAUACUGAUUGUUUAUUGAAUUAAUUUUCUUGUUAAUGAAUAAAAUCAUUACUUUUGUGUUGUAAUGUGUGUGUUAUUGUUGAUUUCAGUUUCUCCCCGUGUUAGGUAUGUAACUGUAAAAAAAUUGGUUAUCGGUCGCAAUUUAACAUUUUCAGUUCAAAGUUGGUGUUCUUGAUGGCAGUGAGUGAUGAAUAUACUUGGAAGGUUGAAUAGAUUCUGGAGGACAAAUUGGAAUUAAUUGAAACAGCAAAGAGCUUAUGGUGACAUAUUAUUACAGUCCAAUUUGUGGUUUAUUUGGUGUGGAACAGAGAAAAGUCAGGUAACCAAAAUGUAACAUUGACAAUGAAGACAUAUGCCACACAUGUGAUAGAUAAAGACAGCAAAGAUGUAUAUGGGAAGGUGGUUGUAUUUUAGGAUCAAAAUACUUCCAGUUCUGAAGUGAAGCUGAGAAAUUUCUAUGUGUGUGUGAGGGAAGGGGGGAAGGCAAAGAGGAAAGAGAAAGAGAAUGAGAAUAUCUGAAAUUUUAAAACUGGAAAAAAUUUAUGUAAUCCAAGUCUCACAGGAUACAGAUUUCACAGUCUAAUUAUUAAAACUGAAUUCUGCACCAGAACCACUGUGUACAGAAUUUUUCCAUAUAGGCUAUGCCACUGUUGGAACACAAUGAAAGAAAUUCAGUUAAUCCAUGUACCAUUCAAUAUUUUUUUCUCACAGCAUACAGAUUCCUCCUAAAGCAGAACAUGAUAUUCCUCUUAGGUAUGUUUGCUGGUACAUUAAGCUGUAAAACAAUCAAAAAAGUGAAGCUUAAUGUUGUUCCUAAACUUUGAAGGUCUGUCACUUUUCAUUGCCUAUUGUUUAUAUACUAAACAUAGUACUUUUGUUCAGAGGGUUUAGUUUAAAAAAGAACAGCUGAUAAACAGUGUCUAUUAACCAGAGGCUAAAUUGACUAACGUGUCACUGUCAUCCCUGAAGGAAAUUGUUUCAUGAAGUCAAAAAUACCAUAUGAAAGCUCUUUUGUUGCUCAAUACUUGCCAGCAGUGACUCUUUUAUGUACCUUUUGCUAUUAAAUUCAGCCAAUGAUGGGGAAAAUAUCACAACACAUAAAGAUGAUUAAUGUAUAGUAAUGAAGUUUAGGGAAUACAUUUACAUAGGUAGAAUAUUUACUUGAUUAACAUUUCAAAGCCAUAGGUUAAUGUAAGAGCGAAAUAAGCCAUUGCAAGUGUAAAAUACUGUAGUAUUGAACAUAUGUAACUUAUUUGGUUAAUUUAAUGCAAAGUUUAAUAGAGCUAUGUUGAAAUUCUCCCAGUGGCACCAGUCCAGUAGGUAUACUACCAGGAACUUUUAUGUGACGUCAAAAGCUGCAUUUUACUUCAGAUAUAUUUGACUGAUUUUUAGUUAAUGUUAGUUUUGUGCAGGAGAUAAACUGAUAGUGACCUUGACUGCUAAGGAAUUUGCACAGUAUAUAAUUGUUCCCUUCAUGUUUAACCCUUGUUUUUCAUUAAAUUCAUGAAUUAUGAACAUAAGUAUUUUGAAAGCUAGAUUAUAAAUUCUUGAAACUGUAACAUAACAUACGAAGGCGCACGCUCACUCAGUCUUUGGGACACUUUAUAAUAGUACAUACCUUUUUUAGGUGCCCAUUCUGAUGGGCUGAUCUGAUUAAAUUGGAGCCAUGUGCUUCCAGUAUUUUGAACCUGUUGCCAGAAAACCAUUUGUAUUAAUACUGUCCACAGCUGUAACCAUCCCUUCAACUUAACAUUUACAAGUCAUAUCACUUUUUGCAGUAAAAAAGAAAUUUUAUGUUUUAAUAAGAUAGCAAAGUCUGUAUCAUUACAGAGUUUAUAUAUUUUGCGAAUCUGUAAGUUAUUUGUAUGUAGCUGAUUGAGUUUUGGAAGAAUAAAUAACAAGAACCAAAGAGAACGUAGUCCUUUGCCUACCCAGAUAUAAUAUGGAAAAUGCUGUCUACAGUUACAAAAUUGAGUGAUUCAAACAGGAAAGAUGUUCCUUUUCUUUGAUAACAUUAAAUUUUAUUGAAAAUGAUAUAAUUACAUGUUGAAAAUGUUAUGCAGCUCAAAUAAUUAUGUUAGAACUGCUUAUUGUGUGUUAGUGAAACAUCUUAUGUCUUAAUUUGUGUUUACCUGUUGUAUCAUGUUUCAGUUUUGCUUGUGAUCUGUGGAGCUUAGUUCUGUUGUGAGUGGAGCUCUAAGAUUUUCAGUACGAUUCUGAGGAGGAGAAAAGGGCUAAUGGGAAACUUUUCAAACACAUAUAAAGAUAUAUUUUUAUAGGGAAAAUAAAACACCUGAACUUUUGCAAUUUUGCUAGUAUUGACUGGCAGUUGUGUGCAGUACAAUAGUAAAUUUUAACAGAGAGAGGCAGGCGCACCUGUGAUAAAACAUUCAUUGAAUGUAUUCAGUAUUAACUGCAUUGUGUAUAUUGUGAGGGGUCAAAGACUUUACAAAUGCAGCAAUUAACAAAAUAAAAAAACUUGACAAGUCAGUCAUUUUUUACAAGUGUGUGGAAGUAGUUUUCCUGGCAUAUUUGCUGUGCUCUUACACAUAUUUAAUUUUAUGUGUGAUAUUGUUUUAAACAAAAAAAUUAUAAUUUGUUGUGCGGUUGUUAGAUAAUGUGUAGAUUGCAUUUGCUGCAAAAGUUCCAUAGCUUGCCACCUCAUAUGUGUUAGGUACUUUAAUCUUAAUUUUUUACUUUAUUAGUAAUUCACAUUGGAGAGAGUUGAGAAUUUUUAUCAUCAUGAUUAUAGAUGUGAUUAUAUUUCUGUUUUAAAUGCUGUUUUAAUUUCUUUAUUCUUUGUAUUGAAAAACUGUGUUGUGGAAUUUAAUGAAACAGUAAGACAGACACAGGAAAGUUGCCUCACAGUAGUGAAUAUACACUUAAUGUACACUGAUUCUCUUGAGCAAGAAUCAGUGUUGAAU